AUGGUGGAUCACUUGCAUGUGGGAGAGGAGACCUUCCUGCCUUUCGAAGGCUCCCCGGCGACUUACAGCCUGUCAGACAUGGUGACUGACACAGUGAGCUACCAGGUGCUGUCCCCGCCAUUCUCUGAGGACGACCUGAGUGACUCGUCCAGUCCGCGCUCCUGUUCCAGCCCGGACUCCCAAGUUCUCAGCUCCAGCUAUGGCAGCAGCUCUAGUGUCGAAAGCCAGGACAGCAUCUUGGAUUUCCUGCUCUCUCAGACCUCGCUGGGGAGCGUGUCCGCCAGCCUCCCCUCCAGCUUCUCUUGGGAGUCACGCAAGGACUUGCGCUCCCAGCCCAUGAAAGAGGAACACUUCGACUUCCCCAUCUACUCGGCCGACCUCAAGGACCACGCUGAACCGUUCCAGCCCACCCUGGAGGAGAUUGAGGAGUUCCUAGAGGAGAACAUGGAGGUGGUUACCAUGAAACAGGAACCGGGUGAGGGAGAAGAGCUGGAACUGAGCGGUAAGCUCUCCAUGCUGCCAGAGACCGGACCUCAGCAGUCGGGCCAAGCUGUGCCUGCUGCCAGCACUGCUGUAACUCCUAGCCUUGAACCCAAAAGCACGUGGGCCGCAACAAACUCUAAUACCGGUGCUUGCGACACCGUGAUGAAGGAGCUUCCCAGCGAAUCAGCUUCUGUUGACAAAGGCGGGGUGCCGGUUGUCCUGCAGAUCCAGCCCGUUCAGAUCAAACAAGAGCAGAGCCCCUCCACAGCCCCCGUGCUCCCUGCCCAGUCACCCUCUCCAGACAUCAAGAUCGCCCAGCUGCUGGUCAACAUACAGGGCCAGACUUUCGCCCUGGUGCCCCAGCUGGUGCCUUCCACCAGCCUCAGCGUGUCAUCGAAGUUCGUACGCAUCGCACCCGUGCCCAUCGCCGCCAAGCCUGUGGGUGUGGGGGAGGGAGGCGCUGCAGGCCAAGCGGCAGGACUCUUCUCCUCGGGCCAAAAGUUCCAGAAAAACCCUGUCGCAGACCUGAUUAAAAUGCACAAAUGCUCAUUCCCUGGCUGCACCAAGAUGUACACCAAGAGCAGUCACCUCAAGGCCCACCUGCGCAGACACACCGGGGAGAAGCCCUUCGCCUGCACUUGGCCGGGUUGUGGCUGGAGGUUCUCCCGUUCGGACGAGUUGUCCCGACACCGGCGAUCCCAUUCUGGAGUGAAGCCCUACCAGUGUCCUGUCUGUGAGAAGAAGUUUGCCCGAAGCGAUCACUUGUCCAAACACAUCAAAGUCCACCGCUUUCCUAGAAGUAGCCGGUCAGUUCGCACCAUCAACUGACCCAUUGGGGAUCUCUGGUGGACCAAAGCCAAUGGGACAGAGAGCCUUGUGUGUGUGUGUUUGCGUGUGUGUGGUUCUGUGAUAACUUAUUUUGUUAUGGGAAAACAUGCAAGAAAAAUGCAUUUGCAUUUGGUACUGUUCCUGAAAGUAUGGCAACGUUUGUUUUCUGUCUCAUUUGUUUUCUGUUAAUGUUUUAAAAUAUCAGAGUAUUUUAUUUUUCAAAAUAGGUUUUUGUAUUCAGUACACGUGAUUUUUACCGUGUUGCGAACAACCACAUGUUAACAUUCCUCACCUUACGUGUCAUUUAUAGCUGAAGAGGGUGGGCUUUUUUUGAAUACCAAACCGCUUUAGCUUCUUUCGUUCUCUGUCUGUUUUGUUGUCCAUUCAUUGUUACGUGGAAAUUAUGAUUGGGGGGGGGAUUUAUCAUAUCACCAGGUGAGAGGAAAGGAGUGUGGCAAGGGGUACAGCUAACCCCCCACCCCAAAAGAAAAAUGGUGCAGAGGCAGCCUAAUAAGUUGUGAUAGACAUCAGGGUGAUGUCACAAUAAGCUAACAAGGAUGUGAGGAGUUCUCAUGGCAGGAAGGAAGCUUCUACUGCCAGCAGCAGCAAAGACACGGCGCACUGAUAACCCAUGAAGGUGGCCUGACACACUUACUGAAGCACAGCACACACAAGAUUUUAUAUGUUUAUACCUAAACCGCUAAGCCUUCUGAUCAGUAUUGAAUGACUAAUCGUUUUUUUUUUUUUUGAGUGUGUGUGCGUGUGUGACAAACUCUUUUUGACUUUAGUGUCAGUGGCUUUUAAGCUGAAAUUUGAGAAAAACAGAAAUGAUAUAAGAUUAGCCUUAAUGUACUUCAUUAUUCUUAUUUGGGGCUCAAUAACUCAAUGGUCUGGAUGAUUUUUCUAUAGUAAAUAUAUGUUAAAGUGGAAAAACACUAAAAUAAUAUGUAUACUCCGUGACCAGGAACACAUACACAUACGCCAUAAGAUAUAUAGACAUGAAUGUUAUGAUGAUUAUUAUUAUUAUUAUUUAUAGGGGCUGUUAAACCAACGUUCACUCCAGGUGAACGUUGAGAUGGCAUUCCUCAUGACAUUUCUGUCUCUGUUUGUGUGUGUGUGUGUGUAUGUAUGUGUACGUAUACAUAUAGAUGUACAUACAAUCUGUAUUGUUUUCUCUGAGUAUUUCAUGAAAUUGGAAAAUAAGCAAAUACUUAAGGUUACUGUCUUAUUGGCUAGCUCUGCUGACACAUGAUCUGCCUCAGUAAAAGCUCAUUACUGGAAUGCCCAUCAAUUUUUUUUUCGUUCGUUUAUUUGUUUAUUUUGUUCAUUUCUUUGUAACAUAUGCGGCUAUGUUAUCGUCUGCUGCAGAUGUGAAACUGGAAAGUGUGUGGUGCU